AUGUCAUCUCUACUUCACUUGAAAUUAGAUGGAAUUAGAAGUUAUUGUCAUGUAGGCCAAGUUAAAGAAGACAAUAGAAAAGCAGCUUAAUAGUCUUAAUCUAUAUAUUUUAAACAACCUUUGACACUUAUAUGGGGUCAUAAUGGUAGUGGAAAGACAGUACUAUAUUUAUAAUGAAAAUAGACAAUUAUUGAAGCAUUACGAACAAUCACAACAGGUAUGUAACCACCUAAUUCAGAAAAGUAUACAAUAUUAUUUAUUCAAUUAGAGGCAGAAGUUUCUUAACUGAUAGUCAUUUACUAGGAUAAAGUAAGACAGAUGCAUGUAUUGAACUUGGUUUUAAGUCCAUAAAUAAUCGUGAGAUUGUUGCACGUAGACAUUUUAGUAUUGUAUAUGAUUCUCCUAAUUCUUGUAAAUUCUCUUCACUUAGAUCUACAUUAUAAACUAGAUCAUUAGAGACUGAUAAAUUAGAAACAUUACAUUCUUCUUGUGCAAAUAUAGAAAAAUAAAUUCCUUGUUUUUUAGGAGUAUCAGUUCCUAUUUUGAAUAAUGUUCUUUUAUGUCAUCAAGAAGAAUAAUUAUGGAUGUUUAGUGACAAUUCAACAUUAAAGGGAAUUUUUGAUGAACUUUUUGAAACUACAGAUUUGGUUAACAUUGAAACUAGAUUGAGAGAAUAACUUAAAGAUGCUGAAAGUAAGGCUAAAAUAUUAAUGGAGAAAGUAGAAUUUUCAAAAAGAGAUAUGGAUGAUGGUUAACGUUAAAGAACAAACCUAUAAAAUUAAUUAGAAGAAAAAAUAUAGGAAAUUAAAAUAAUUUAAGAUAUUAAUACAUAAAUGAAUCAAAUAUAGAUAUCAAAUAUUAAUUUCAAUAUUAUUUAAUAAAGAAUGAGUGAAUGUGCUGAUUUGAUUGCUUGUAGAAAUUCUAUUUAAGAAAAUAAAUUAUAAUUGUAAUUAGAUCAUGUAGAUUUGAAUUAAUUAUCAUAAUAAGAUUUUGUGAUUUCAAGUCUUAAAUAAUUAGAAAUUGAAUUAAGAAAUACAUAAGCAAAUCUCAAAUCAACUGAAAUUAAUUUAGAAAAUAAAAAAUUAGAAUUAUAAGAACUUUAAAUUGAUACUACAAUAGAAACAUUAAAAUAAGAAAUUAAAUUAAUAAGAGAUUCUAUUAAAUCUAUAUUUAUGUUUUCUAAUAAUGUUUCUGAUGAAAAUUUAUUAAAAUAAGUAAAAGAAAAAAUAAAUUAAAAUAAAUAUGAAUAAUAAUAAGAAUAAUAGAUUUAACAAGAUUUAUAAUAGACAUUUUAAAUAAAGAUUUCUAAUUUAAAUGAUAAGAAAUAGAAAUGUCUAAUUGAAGUUAGGAUAAAUGAGAAUCAAAGAAAUGAAUAACUUAGAUUAAAAGAUUAAAUUUCUAAAGAUAUUAAAAAUAAAGAAGUUCUAUUAUAAUAAUUAUGUUUUCAAAAAAAAUAGGCUGAAUAAUAAGAAAUUUAAAUUAAAGAAAAACAAAAAUUAAAAUUAGAAUUUGAAUAAAUUAAUUAAGAUCUUAUAGAAUGUUAUGAUAUAACAUAAAAAAAUUAAUAAAUUAAUUCUUAUUAAGAUAUAAUUAAGAAAAUAUAAGAAUUAGAAGAAAUUAUAUCUACAAAAUCUUCAUAAAUUGAUUUAUUAAUUAGAGAAAAUGGAUGGAGAGCCAUGAUUAAAUUAAAUGGUUCAAAAUUAGAAAGAGAUAUUUCAAUUUCAAGAUGUGAAGAAUCAAUUAAAUAAAAAAUAUAAUCAAUUAAAACUUAAAUGGCUAAAGAUUAAGCAUAAAUUAAAAUAUUAAAUGAAUAAAAAGAAGAAUUAAAAAAUUUAUUAUCAAUUAAUAAAGCUAUUAAAUAUGAUCCAUAUGAAUUGGAUAAUUUAAAAAAAUAACUUAGAGAAAUAAAAGAAAAUAAAAUUAAAUAUAUAUUCAAUCAAACAGAAUUUAUUGAUCAAUAUGUAUAUAUAAAUAAUUAUUAAGAUUACGAGUUCCAAACAAUCUGGAAAAUGUUUAUUAUGUCUUAAACCUACAGAUUAAAGUUGUUUUGAACUCUUAAAGCAUAGAGUUCAACAAAAUUUACCUAAAACUAAAUCUAAAAUUAAUGAAUUUGAACUUUAAAUCAAUAGUCUAAAAGCUGAAAAAGAAAAGAUUUAAUAAGGGAUAUAAAAUAAUCAACAUUUAGAAAAAAUUAGAUAAAUAGAUUCACAAAUAGCAGAAAUUUAAGCAAGUUAGAAAGAUUCUGUUAAUAAUGAUUCUAUAUUAUAAUUAGAAAAAAAUCUAUAAGAUAUUACAUUAUUGAGAUAAUUAUUUGGAAAUGAAGAAGAAAAUCAAAAGGAAUAAUUGUUAAUACAAAAAAUGUAAAUGGAACGAGAGUAUCCAAUUUUAAAAGGGUCUUUAAAAUUAUCUAAUAAUCCUUAUAAUUAAAGUUAACUCUAAAAAGCUAAAUAGGAGAUUUAAAAUAAAUUAAAAUAAUAUGAAAGUUUACCAGAAAAUUAUGAAAAUCCUAAAUAAUUAUAGGAUAGUAUAUUAAGAAUUUAAACAGAAUUAAAUUAAUUAAAAUUAUAGAAUUAAAAAAUAGUUAUUUAAGAUUUUGAUGAUAAAUAAUAUGAGAUCUAGUAAAUAGAAUCUUAAUUAAAUUAAUUAGAAUUAGAACAAAAAUAAUAAUAUGAUUAAUAUAUGGAAUUAAUUUUAAAUAAGAAAUAACUCUUAAAUAAUUUAGAAUCAAUAUAACCUUAAUUUGAAUAAAAAAUAUUAAAAAAAUAAGAAUUAAUGAAUAAAAGUAAGAAUAAUUAUAAAUAUGCUGAUUAUAUACAAAAAUUAUAAUUAGAAAUAUAAACAGAAACAGAUAAAAUGUAAUAAUUAGAAUUAGAUAUUUAAUAAAAACAAUAGAAAUUAAAAUAAUAUUAAGAAUUAUAAGAUUACAUUUAAAAAUUAUAAAAAUGGUAAGAUUAUGAUUAAGCAGAAGAGAAAUUAAAUGAAUAGAUAGAAAUACUUCAAUAAGAUAUUCAAAAUCUAUAAUAAGAAUAUUAAUAAUAAUAAAUAAAUAUAUCUAAAAAAGAUAAAUUUAGAUUAGAAUAUGAUUUGAGAAGAUCAAAAUUAGAAUAAAAUUUUUAAUCAGCAUUAGAAUUAAAAAAGGAUAUUAAUAGAAGAUAUGAUGGAUCAGAAUAAAAAAGACUAGAAUUAUUAUGUGAAUAUGUAGCAACUUAAUAAUUUAUAAGUGAUUUAAAAAAAUAUUUAUAAAUUUUAGAAGCUACAAUGCUUGAAUGUCAUGGUUAAAAAAUGAAAGAAAUAAAUAAAUAUUUAUUAGAUACAUGGCAGGUAUUUAUAUUAUAAUAAUAUAUAGAAAAUAUAUAAUGGAUAAGACAUUAAAUUUAUAGAAGUAAAAUUUGAUGAAAUUCCAAAUUAAAAAAAAAUAUCUAAAAAAUAUAAUUAUAGAUUAGUAAUGAGAACUAUGAAUAAUACAGAAAUAGAUAUGAAAGGAAGAUGUUCUAUGGGUUAAAAGAUGCUUGCAUCAAUAGUUUUUAGGAUGGCAUUAGCUGAAUGUUUUGGUAGUAAUUGUUGUUUUUUGGCAUUAGAUGAACCAACAUCAAAUUUGGAUAGAAAACAUAUUAAAAGUAUUAAUAAAUUUUAAUAAAAUUAGCAUUAGCAGAAUAACUUAAUUCAUUGAUAGAACUAAUGAAAUAACAUGAAUAAUAAAUCUAAUUGAUAAUAAUAACACAUGAUAUGGAUUUAGUGAAAUUAUUAAAAAGACAUUCAGAAUCAUAUUACAUGAUAAGUAAAAAGGACAAUGGUUUUUCAGGUAUUGAAGAAAGAAAAAUAGAAGAACUCAAAUGA